AUGGCAUUGGAUUCGUUCCAUGUGGAAAGUGGUUGCAAUAAGUUGGGAUUGUUGAAAAAAUUAAACCGUCUUACUGGAUCUCUAUCAUUGAAUAUCUACUUGAAUCGUAGCAGUGAUUUAAAGGAGUUGGUUGAGGAUGCUCGAGAAGUAGAAUUAAAGAACAAGAUACACGUUCAAGCACUCUUUAUAAUAUUCGAGGAUUUGAUAGAUGAGAAGGAGCGGUCGUCAUCAACACUAUCAUUCUGGAUGGACGUAAUAAAAGCUCUGGAGCCAUAUCAGGAGCUGAAAGAACUUACAAUCGUGGGAUAUAUGGGGUCCACACUUCCGUAUUGGAUCUCAUCGCCCCUCAACUUUGUUAAGGAUAUUAAACUCAUUGGUUCCAGUGAAGUGCAUUCAUUGCCGGCUAUGGGAAGACUACCUUUCUUGGAACUUCUCAUGCUGGAAAAUAUGUGCCAACUGAAGGUGGUGGGAAUGGAGUUUUUGGGAAUAGAAUCUUCAUCUUCUUCAUCAACGUCUGAUGUUGUUGUUGCAUUUCCCAAACUCAGGAAACUGAUACUCCCUCCGUCUCAAUAA